UCUCUCUCAUUGUAGAACCUACAAAUGAAUAAUCUAUGCUUUUUAUAAGUCUAACACAUAUAUAACUAAAAAAAAUAAUGGCAAAUUCAACUUUUUCCGAUCAGAUUCCAUCUGUCUUUGGUGGUGGUGGGUUUUAUGACAUGUUGGGUUUUCAAGACUAUGGUGGUGGUGGUGCUUCACUUUUUGAUAUGCUUCAACAACCUACACCACCGCAGGAUUUGGUGGUUGAGCCAGCUGCACCGUCAGGUUCUACCGUGCCGGAGACAUUAGAGAUUAUGGUUAAUACUCCGACCACAAAUUCUUCAUCAAUAUCAUCUUCUUCAAAUGAACAUGUGAAUAAUAAUUUUGAUGUGGAGAAUAGCAAUAAUAAUAGUGCAAAAUCAGAUAUUAUUGCUGAUGAUGAUCAACAAAAGACUACUAAUAAACAGUUGAAAGCCAAAAAGAAAAACCCAAAAAAAGAAAAAGAGCCGAGAUUUGCGUUCAUGACAAAGACUGAAGUUGAUAACUUGGAUGAUGGCUAUAGAUGGAGAAAGUACGGCCAAAAAGCUGUCAAAAACAGCCCUUUUCCAAGGAGUUACUAUAGGUGCACAAGUGCAUCAUGUGGAGUGAAGAAAAGAGUUGAAAGAUCAUCAGAGGACCCAUCAACAGUCGUGACAACUUAUGAAGGAACUCAUGCACAUCCAUGUCCCAUGACACCUAGAGGAAUGUUUUCGGAGACAACAACAACAACAACUACUUAUGGUAGUGGGCUUAAUGGUGGUAUUGGUGGUGUUUCUUCAUUUCUUUUGCCACAGAUUUUCUAUCAACAACAACAACCAUCUCAAUCUUUCUUUUACAAUAAUAACCACCAAAGUAGUAAUUCUUCUUCUUCAAGUUUUAACGCUAGUACUCCCAUGAACAUAACUUCUAGUCCAUCAUCGUACCUUCAAGAAAGACAAUCCUACCUUCAAGAUGAUGGUCUUCUUCAAGAUAUGUUUUCUUUCCAAGUCAGGAAAGAGGAGCCCAAAGAGGAACCUAGCUAGUUAAUUAAUUAAGGGUGUUUUAGGAAAGCUGAUUAAUUACUAGCUAGGGUUAAUUAUCUUUUGGGGGAUGGGGAGAUCAUGUUUCCGUAGGUUAAAUUAAUUAGCUAGUUUUUGAAGGCAAUAGCUAUAUAUGUAUGUUCAGUUGGUUUUUUGGUUUAUUAAUUACUAAACAAUUUCCAUAUGUUGUUUUAAUUAAUUGGUCUUUAAUUUUCUGGUA